AUGGAGAUUUCGGGUUCUGGGAAAUCCCCGAAUUCUGCGUUGUCGUUUCGGUACAACGCCAAUAAUGAAGAGCUUGAAGAAUUGUUUCCACCCUGUGAUCCUACAACUCCAAUUCCUCAAGGUGAUCAACCAACAAAAAGUGAAACCGCAAGCCCAAAAAAGACAGAAAAAACAUCAUCUAUUAUAGAUAAAUAUUUCAAAUCUAUACGAUCAGAAAAGUCAUCUGAAAAAGUUGAAGAUGUGAAGCCUGAUCCUAAACCUGAAGAAACUAAGAGCCCCACACCUAAGGAAAUUAGUUCCUCACCUAUGAAAGAAUAUUUAAAUCGCCUCGGUAAGAGAAGUACCUCUGAAGGAUCUGACAUGAAGGAACCGAAUGAAACAUGGAAAAUCUUUCAUGACUUCAAGUUCAAAAUUGCACAGGCUGUGGAAGAUAUGAAAACACGUUCAGUUGAAGAAAGCAAAGAAAAAUCUCUGCCAAGAGAAAAUUCAACUUCAGAUUCGGAAGAAAACUCUGCUCUCAAAGAUUUAGAUCAGCAAAGUGUUGGAGAUACUGAUAAUCAGGUGUCAUCACUUGAUAGUAGCAUACAAAAUUUAUCUGAAGUGACUCAGCCAAUAACUGCCAAGGCUACUGAGCGAGAAAAUCGUGAGAACAAUGCUAAAAAUCACUCAGACUCCAGUGAUGAUACACAGAAAAAUCUAAGGUUAAGUGAGACAGACAUGACAAAAGAUAUUUUAAAUGACAGCCUCGAAGUUGAAUCUGGUAUAGAAGCUCUGGAAGAUACAAUAGAUGCAUUUGGGGAUGUCAGUCCAGUUGAUAACCAAUACCCAAGCAAUAGACCUGUUGACAUGAUGAGCCCUCCAACACCAAUAUCCACUCCAGCAAAUUUUGGCCUACCGCCAAGAAUAUGGUGUUUCUGUUUUGUAAGUAAUAUGAAACAGUGGGUGCUCGACACAUACUUUAGUGAUUGGGAGCAGAACAGCGGCAGUUUCUUUCAAUUGAAGAGAAGUAAUACUGUACCGUUGGCUUAUACAAUACCAUCUGUGAAGGAACAUACACCCUUGAAAAAGUAUGAGGGCUGGAUAAAUCAUUAUAGAGUUCCUGAUUACGACCCCUCCACCUACCAUAUAAAUAAAACGACCACUGCCUUUAUGAAACUUGAGGGUUGCAACCUAAGGAUAUCAUAUACAAGGACGAAGAUAGCAAAACGAGCCCUAUGGGACGAAAAAAUCGACAAAGUCAACUUCUAUCAGCAUAGGUUGUACAACCUCACUGGAGCUAGAGUUAUUUUACUGCCAAAAGGACUUGUUAAGAGAAGGCAAUGGAGCAAGAAAUACCCCAUCUGCAUAAUACUCAGUGAAAAGGAAAAGAUACAAGUGUUGGAGAAGGAAAACUCGGUGGAGAAGAAAAUCGCUGAAUUGGAUAAGAAAAACAAAGACUCGCCCUUGGAGACGGAAAGCGCUGAAACAAAUACCAGCCCGGAGAGGAAAAAGAAGUUCGUGUGGAGGAGACGAGAGAAGAGCAUAUCGCAUGAUGUCGAACCAGGAAGAGAAGGACUGAGGCAUCGUCUAGUCAGAAAGAUGCAUAGAGAUAAGAAGACAGACAGCGUGUCCACUAUAACGGAGCCGGAAAGUCAGACGCAAGCUCAAGGUCAAAGCGAUAAGAAUACACAAGAGGACCUAGGAUUUGAUGACUUUGCAAACAAAUCAGUUGGCAGCGUUAAGGAGGACGAAGAUGAAAUUGAUGAUAACGAAUUGACGAAAAUCAAGGAGUUUUUAGAAGAGACGGAGUCAGAUCCGGUCGCUGAUGGUCCUGCCGAAGGGGAGUGGAGUGUGCACGUCAAACAAUCGAAGGAUAAACAUUCCCAUCUAUACUUAUUCGCGAGGACGGGUCGAGAUAAACACGAAUGGUACCGCCGUAUCCUCACCGCGAUAAGCGAAGCGUGCCCGUCAGCGGAUACGUCAACGAACGAGGAAAAGUCCACGAGCGAGACGCAAGAGAGCAAGGACGGAAUCGAACUGGCGGUCUACAAGCUCACCGAGAAAGAUACUGUCGCAUUUGGAAAGACAAAAACAAGUGAUUCUGCAUCGGACAUAGUCAAUAUAACAUCACCAACACAUCCGCUUCCACCAAGCUUAGAUACCUAUGAGAAGACCUUUUGGCCUUACAUCGUUAAAAUAAUACAGACGCACGAAGCGACAUCUAAACAAACAUCGGACGUCGGUGUAAUGUGUCAGUUAGAUCCUUCGCCCCACGAACGGAACAAAGGCAAAAAGAAGAAGAAAGACUCUCAACAAACUUCUCCCGAUUGUGAAUGCCGGACACUUCCGGCUGAAGUAACGUGGGUCAAUACGAUGCUGGCGCGAAUCAUGUACGAUAUGAUGCGGGAUCCAAUACUCAUAGCGAGGCUGCAGAACAAAAUCCAGAGGAAACUUAAUACGCUUAAGCUGCCAUCGUUCAUGUCUCCGCUAUUAGUAACAGAGCUGUCCCUUUCCGGGGCCUGCCCCUUGGUGUGCGGCGUGCAAGCGCCAUCUUGCGACGCGCGCGGCGUUUGGCUAGAUGCGCACUUACGGUACGACGGAGGCGCUCAUAUAGCUAUACUCACACAGAUCAACCUCAUGAAGCUGAAGGAGAAAAAUAUGACACUCGAAGAGCAAUUACUAGAAACUCACGAAGCGAUGGUUGAAAACGAAAUCAGUUCUUCUCCGACCCUUCCAGCUGCUAGCACUGACUUGCGGAAACGGAAGCCAGCCAUCUACGACUCGGAUAUGGAGGAUUCUGCUGAGUCAUCGAGUGAUGAUGAAACACCGCCAGUUCAACCAGUCGAUAGCGGGGAAAAUAUUGUCAUCACUGAAAGCUCACCAUCAGUAAAUGCGGGUGAAGGUAGCUCGUCGAAGAAAAAGUUCCUGCGGAUAGUGGACAAGAUUGCUACAAAUAAAUAUUUCCAGCAGGUGACAGACUAUAAAUACGUAAAGCGGGCGAUGGAAGGUUUAUCAAACACGGAUAUAAAGUUGCAACUAGAAGUGAACGGUUUGGAGGGUAGACUCGCUGUCAACCUACCUCCACCGCCCCAUGACAGGAUAUGGAUUGGUUUCCGAACAAACCCUCAGUUAGUAUUGAAAGCGCGACCGGCUUUCGGGGCGAGGUCUCUCCGUUUCGCGCACAUAUCCAAUUGGAUAGAACAAAAACUUACCAAGGAGUUCGAGAAAGUUCUAGUUCUACCUAAUAUGGAGGACUUUAUCAUAGAUGUCAUGACGCCGACACCUGUGGAAUUUGAAUAG